AGGUUACCGUUGCUAGAGCUAUUCCCUGUGGCACCCAUCUGCAGUCUCCACUGGGAGGUUUCAGAGUAUGGAGCAUUUUUGCUGACGACCUGCUUAAGUCUUUGUGAGAUGAAGACUGGGGAAGAGCUCAGAGCCCUCCAUGUGAAAAAGCACCUAGCAGAGGAAAGCCUUCACAAGGGACAAGCCUGGGGAUUCUUCUCUAUGAUAAAUCCUGCCAGCAGCAAGAUCAUGCAAAUUGACUAAUUACAUACCAUUCUGGACUCCUUGUAUACCAGACAUUCCAUGAGCAGGCAUCUUUUCUGAUUCCAGUGUGCCUUCAGCCAUUUGCGUCAGUUCACAGAACUUCACGGCAGACCACUGAGGAAGCAAUGUUGCAAGGGAUGCCUAUUAUAUAAUAAAUAGAUGAUGAUAAGGAGUUGGGAGAGGGAUUGAAAAUUUUAAAUUGUUUUUUUCUAAAUUGAUCAUGAAUGAAUUGAAAGGAGAUUCAAUCCAAUGAGGUGGCUUUUAGGAAAGAGCAGAUGCUAAAUUAACAAGUGCUUCGCAAACAUCUUUGCACUAUGGAAUAUAUCCUAUUUGUAUUAUACUUCUCGUUUUUCCUUUGUCUAUGUGCCCUGGUAUGUCUGUAUUUUUCUGGCUGCCAAGAAAUGACCUAUAAACACGAAGAAGCAUGUUGUGGAGACAUUUUUUGGAUUUGAUGAAGAAUCUAUUGACUCAGAAACAUUAUCUGAAACCUCCUAUAAUACAGACAGGACAGAUAGGACCCCAGCAACACCAGAGGAAGAUUUGGAUGAU